CACAGGAGGAGAGAAGACAGUCGCAUCUCUUUGCCUCUGGUCUGUUUAUUGUCUCAGCCUGGGAAGCGGGCUGUUUUUCUUUUACUCCUCUGGAUUAUUUGAUAGUUUUUCUACCUCAACGUCUUCUUUAUUUUGCUUCCCUUUUAGGAGUUUCUUGUAUGGGAAGGCAGUGUACAAAUAGAAAGAAAAUGGUUCCUGUUAAACUCCUCAUACUGGGGGUUCAGAACACUGGAAAAACAGCCCUAUGUGUUCGCUUUAUAACAAAGCGUUUUAUAGGAGAAUACGACCAUAAAAAGGAGGUGACAUACAGAUGUAGCCGAACUGUGGACCAGGAAACUGUUGAUGUGGAGAUCUUAGAUUUGCCUUGUAAGAGCUCUGUGGCUUCUGUUGAGGCCUCCAUUCGCUGGGCUGACGGUUUCCUCCUGCUCUACUCCAUCACUCAGCGUUCCAGCUUCCUGGAGAUCCCUCGACUUAAGACGCUCAUUGACAAAACUAAACAAAGUCUAGCUUUUCCUACAGUGCUGGUAGCCAACAAGGCAGAUCUGGAAAUCGGCAGGAAGGUGACCACAGAGGAGGGACAGAGACUCGCCAAAGAUUUAGGAUGUGGUUUCAGAGAACUGUCUGUGGCUGAUGCAGCGUUAUCAGUGGAGGCGGCAGUUUUACAACUCAUCAGGCUGGUGUUGGAUCAGCAGCGCCCCCUGCCUGACAGGCGGUCCUACAUGCUGACAGUCCGCCAUGCUCUGACCAGGAAGCUGACGCGCUCAAAGACCAUGCAGUGGUGACAGUGGCAAACAGUUCAGCUGGAACAGAAUUUUUGAGUCAUUUCAUAAUAAAUUAGUAUAAAGAUUCACUAAGAAAAGCAUGAUAGAUUUUUGCUGUAAGGGUAAAAACAAGUAAAAGUUGUUUUUUUUUUUCUUUGAGUCUUUUUAACCCUUUAUAGGGCAAGAUCACUUGCAUACACCUUACAAAUGGAGUCCCCCCUGUCCCUCGAUCUAGAAACACAAAAUCUAUAUAUAGCCGUUCAGCAAAGAUACAGCUACAUGUCUGUAGGCCUACAUCUUAUUUUGGCAUUUGACCAAAUAGAUGAGCCCUUGAAUGAUAUAUUACCUACUGUAAAUUAAGUUGAAGAAAAAAA